AUGAAGCUCGUCAGCAUCAUCAGCAUUUGCACCUUCGCUCUGUCGCAGCCUGGGCUCGCGCAGUUGUCAAACUUUGAUGAUUAUGAGCAUGAGCGCAUCCAGCUUGACGACGUCUCCACUCAUUUUCGUUACUACGGCGAAGGACCGCCCGUUCUCCUUGUGCAUGGCUUUCCACAGCACUCACUAACGUGGCAUACCAUCGGACCAAUCUUGGCGCAGAACUUUACUGUGAUCGCCCCGGAUAUACGCGGUUGCGGAAACUCAUCGCUUCCUCUAUCAAAGAAUUACACAGCUGCAGCUGCCGGUGCCGAUCUUAAAGCCGUUCUAGACUACCUCAACAUCACGUCUGCAUAUGUCUUUGCGCAUGACAAAGGCGUGGGGCUUGCAACUUCUCUUGCUAUAGAACGUCCUUCGGUCGUUGAAGCUAUCAUUCUCGCCAAAUACGUUCUGCCAGGUUAUGGGUACCCUGCGCAGGUAACGAGUCCCAGCCUAUACCAGAAUUGGCAACUCUCAUUCUUUGGCGUGCCCGAUGCAGCCGAGUUCUUCGUUCAAGGGCGCGAAAAGCAGAUGCUGAGCUGGUACUUCUUCCAUGCGAGUUAUUCCGGCACAGCGGCUUUGAACGAAGACCACUUGCAGCGCUAUACGAAUGAGAUAUCCAAACCGGGGUUUUUGAGAAGUGGUAUGGAGUACUUCGCUUCGGUGUUCGGUAGCGGGAAGAAGUUGCAGAUGCCGUUGCUGGCAUUGGGUGGCGAAGCGAGUUUUUCCCCUGUGUCGCUGCUGGAGGAGAUAUGGUCGAGGAUAAGUGAUGACUUCGUUGCUGAGGCGAUUCCAAAGGCUGGACACUGGAUUGAUAAGAAGUUCUUUUUUCAUAGCGAUGAAAACCCAAUUUGGACAGGUAAGCGCGCGUUGCAGUUCUUCGAAGGAGCUGGGGAGAUAAGCAGUAUUGAUCUAUCAUAUCUCAAGGACCGAGUUACUCUGCAGGGCGGUGUUAUUUGA